CCCCCAAAAGCAACACAGGGCAUUCGCUCCUCUCCUCCGCGGCCAGACUGCCUCUCUCUCUCUCUCUCUCUCCCCACCUCUCCGCAAGUGAAGCGGCGGCCGCGCGCCGCGCGUGGUGAGCUCUUCUAGGGUUUUCUCGUCGCCGGGUCGGUGUCAUCUCUCCUGCGAGCUACCGCGGCGGACAUGGAGUCCGCGUCGUCUUCACUAGCGACCAGCGGGCGGCGCCGCAGCAGCAGCGGCGGCGGCGGCGGUAGCUGGGGCAGCAUCGGCUCCGCCGCCGACCCGUUCGACAUCCCGGCUAAGGGUGCUCCCGUCGAGAGUCUCAAAAAAUGGCGGCAAGCAGCUCUAGUACUCAAUGCAUCCAGGCGCUUUAGAUACACAUUGGACUUGAAAAGGGAGGAACAAAGGGAGGAAGUUAUAAGCAAAAUUCGUGCACAAGCUCAUGUUGUCAGGGCUGCAUUCCGCUUUAAAGAAGCAGGACAAGUCCACGUUCAGCAAAAGGAGGUGGCAGCACCGCCAGUUGAUGGUGCACUGGGCUUUGGUAUCAAAGAAGACCAACUUACUGCAUUGACCAGAGAUCACAAUUACUCUGCUCUACAACAGUAUGGAGGGAUUUCUGGGGUAGCGCGCAUGCUAAAGACAGACACAGAGAAGGGGAUUAGUGGAGAUGAUUCAGAUUUGACUGCAAGACGAAAUGCAUUUGGAUCGAAUACAUACCCUCGUAAGAAAGGAAGAAGCUUCCUGGCUUUCUUAUGGGAUGCUUGUAAAGAUUUGACACUUAUCAUUCUCAUGGUUGCUGCAGCAGUAUCACUUGCUUUGGGCAUAACAACAGAGGGGAUAAAAGAAGGCUGGUAUGAUGGAGCAAGCAUUGCUUUUGCUGUUCUCCUAGUUGUUGUUGUUACAGCAACUAGCGAUUACAAGCAAUCCUUACAGUUUCAAAAUCUUAAUGAGGAAAAGCAGAACAUCAAAUUGGAGGUGGUUAGAGGUGGAAGGCGAAUCUCGGUAUCCAUUUAUGAUUUGGUUGCUGGUGAUGUUGUGCCACUUAAAAUUGGUGACCAGGUCCCCGCUGAUGGGAUCCUUAUCAGUGGUCACUCCCUGUCCGUAGAUGAAUCCAGCAUGACCGGAGAGAGUAAAAUUGUUCACAAAGAUCAGAAAUCACCAUUCCUAAUGUCUGGUUGUAAAGUUGCUGACGGGUAUGGCACUAUGCUGGUGACCGCAGUUGGCAUUAACACUGAAUGGGGACUGCUAAUGGCAAGCAUUUCUGAAGAUUCUGGUGAAGAAACACCUUUGCAGGUUCGCUUGAACGGUGUUGCCACCUUCAUUGGAAUGGUUGGACUUUCUGUUGCUCUCGCCGUUCUUGUUGUCCUUCUGGCCAGGUACUUCACUGGGCAUACCUAUAACCCUGAUGGGUCAGUGCAAUAUGUGAAAGGAAAAAUGGGUGUAGGCCAGACAAUACGAGGAAUAGUAGGAAUAUUUACAGUGGCGGUAACAAUUGUUGUCGUGGCUGUUCCUGAAGGGUUACCAUUGGCCGUCACGUUGACGCUUGCCUUCUCUAUGCGCAAGAUGAUGAGGGACAAAGCUCUGGUCAGGAGGCUCUCUGCAUGUGAAACUAUGGGUUCAGCCACAACAAUUUGCAGCGACAAGACAGGAACGCUGACUUUGAAUCAGAUGACUGUUGUGGAGGCUUACUUUGGUGGAAAGAAAAUGGAUCCUCCAGAUAAUGUUCAGGUGUUAUCUGCUUCAAUCUCAUCAUUGAUUGUCGAAGGAAUUGCUCAGAAUACGUCUGGAAGCAUAUUUGAGCCCGAGAAUGGUCAAGAUCCAGAGGUGACUGGAUCACCGACCGAAAAGGCUAUACUGUCUUGGGGGCUGAAGCUUGGCAUGAGAUUCAAUGACACAAGAACAAAGUCCUCUAUUCUUCAUGUUUUCCCAUUCAACUCAGAGAAAAAAAGAGGCGGGGUUGCAGUGCAUCUGGGUGGCUCUGAGUCUGAGGUACACAUACACUGGAAGGGAGCUGCAGAAAUUAUUUUGGAUUCAUGCAAAAGCUGGCUUGCUGCAGAUGGUUCAAAGCAUUCAAUGACACCUGAGAAAAUUAGUGAAUUCAAGAAAUUCAUAGAAGAUAUGGCUGCUUCGAGCCUCCGGUGUGUUGCCUUUGCUUAUAGAACAUAUGAGAUGGUUGAUGUCCCAAGUGAGGACCGGAGGGCUGAUUGGAUAUUGCCUGAAGAUGACUUGAUUAUGCUUGGCAUAGUUGGGAUAAAGGAUCCUUGCCGCCCGGGUGUUAAAGAUUCUGUUCGGUUAUGUGCAGCAGCUGGCAUUAAGGUCCGCAUGGUUACUGGAGACAACCUUCAAACUGCCAGAGCCAUUGCCUUGGAGUGUGGAAUUUUAUCUGAUCCCAAUGUGUCAGAGCCAGUCAUUAUUGAAGGAAAGGCUUUUCGUGCACUGUCAGAUUUAGAAAGGGAAGAAGCUGCAGAAAAGAUUUCGGUGAUGGGGAGGUCUUCACCAAAUGACAAGCUUUUACUUGUUAAAGCAUUAAGAAAAAGAGGUCAUGUUGUUGCUGUGACUGGAGAUGGCACAAAUGAUGCCCCAGCUUUGCAUGAGGCAGAUAUAGGUCUCUCCAUGGGCAUCCAGGGAACUGAAGUUGCCAAGGAGAGUUCUGAUAUUAUCAUCUUGGAUGACAAUUUUGCAUCGGUCGUGAGGGUUGUCAGAUGGGGUCGCUCGGUUUAUGCAAACAUUCAGAAAUUUAUACAGUUUCAGUUAACCGUCAACGUUGCAGCCUUGAUUAUUAACGUUGUUGCUGCUGUCAGUUCUGGGAAUGUUCCCCUGAACGCUGUUCAGCUACUGUGGGUUAACCUAAUCAUGGAUACUCUGGGUGCUCUUGCACUGGCGACAGAACCACCUACUGACCAUCUUAUGCAGAGACCACCAGUUGGCAGAAGGGAACCCUUGAUAACAAAUGUCAUGUGGAGAAACUUAAUCAUAAUGGCUCUGUUUCAAGUUAUAGUCCUCCUUACUCUCAACUUUAGGGGCACAAGCCUUUUGCAGCUAAAAAACGACAACCAGGCACAUGCAGACAAAGUCAAAAAUACCUUCAUAUUCAAUACAUUUGUUCUCUGUCAGGUGUUCAAUGAAUUCAAUGCUAGGAAGCCCGAUGAGCUGAACAUAUUCAAGGGCAUUACUGGGAACCAUCUCUUUAUGGCCAUUGUUGCCAUAACAGUUGUACUGCAGGCGCUUAUUGUUGAGUUCCUUGGCAAGUUUACAUCGACAACCAGACUCACCUGGCAGUUGUGGUUGGUGUCAAUAGGUCUCGCCUUUUUUAGCUGGCCGUUGGCAUUUGUGGGAAAGCUUAUCCCUGUCCCAGAGAGACCAUUAGGAGAUUUCUUUGCAUGUUGCUGCCCAGGAAGUAAACAAGCUGCUGAUGCCAAGGGUGAUGACGCUGAUCACAGCGAUGUAUGAAGCUACGGAUCAGAGGGAAACUUGUGCCAAGGUUUACUUUUAACAUCAUUAAGGUGUAAUUAACUGCUAUCAGGAUUGUACAUACACUAUGCUUCACAUGGAUAGGUCUGAUUACCUUUGGAAAAUUGUGGCACUAUUAACCAUGCGUUCAGAUACUUGACGGGGCAAGGUGUGAUUUUGCGGCAGAGCUGCUGCAGGGAGAUUUCUAAUGGCGUUUUAUUAGCGUAUUGGAGAAAAGAUUUUGGAUACUUAUUUGAGCUUACUUCACUUUAACGUUGCUCCAGUUUUACUUCUUGGAGUUAGAGCC